UCGUAUAAUUUGUAAAACUAGACACAAAGAUCUUUUUAAGUAAUCAACUACAUGGAUUUUUAUAUCAAUACUUCGUGUAAUAAAAAUGGGCGAUCGUCGAGCUAAAUUUUUUUUGUAAUGUAAAAAAUUAAUGUAGAAAAGAGACGUUUAAAAGAACUCUGCUCAAGUCAUGUGUUGUUUAUUAGACGUGUAUCUGAGUUGUAUAACAGCGAGUUCUACUUUAAGAAUUAAGAGCAUUCGGUGUUUGGUCAGCUAUGAUGGUAUUCAAAACAAGUUUGUAAUUUUAUUUAACUAAAUUUCUCUUGUUGUGUUGAUCUAUGAUGUUAAUUAAGAUAAUUAUAAUUCUUCUUUCACACAAAAGCAGUAGCGAUUUUCGGUGCGGUUUUAGUGUAUGUUCUAGUUCUAAUAACAUACCGAAGAACUGGCAGACAAUUGACCGAAAGAGCUAUUUCUAAGGUUGACAAUUUCAUGUCACCGGCUGAACUAUCCUCAAAGAAAGAUGAUUUACCACACAUUUAUUCCAUAAGUAGAUUUCUUCCUUUGAGUGUUGCAGCGGAGUUGUUACACAAGUCAGUUGUUAAUGCCAAUCGUAGCGAAUGUUCAAAAAUUCAGCAUAUUUAUCCUGGCCUGAACAUAUGCGAAUCUAAUGGAAGAGACGAGUCUGCAAGCUUGAAAAUUGGUAUACCAUGUAUUGUCUAUUCUGCGAGAUCAAAUCCAGAGAAGGAUUUUGAAGCUGAAGAGACAUUUCAGAGAGUCUAUGGCUGUGAUAUUAUCGUCUUUGCUCCAAGAUCACCUAAUAAUAAACCUCCUCAUAAUAUUCAUUUGGAAGACUCGUUGCUUUCAACAAGGAAUAUUAAAAUCGGUUCAAAACGCCAUAAGUCCAUAUCAAGUACUAUGAUCCAGUACGGUCAUUCUGCUGUCGAUUUACUAAUUUUAAAUUAUGAGGGAAAUGAAUUACCAAUUAUUCAAUCGGCGCUUGGUUCGAAUGCUAUUAAAAGAAUAAGGCAUACUGUUAUGAAUUUGUACCUGAGUCGAUUAACAAGCUCUGAAAGUUACGAGCGAUAUGCUGAAAUGCUCCUGCAGCUUAAAAGUGCUGGUUUUGUAAAUUAUUUGACAAUUCCAUCGAAAUACAAACACAAGUCAGGAACUGGUAUAGAUUAUCCAGAAUAUUACACGCUAUAUUUCUAUAAUAAAAAGUUUAAUGAUAAGGCCGAGUUAUAUCACUUUGUAUCUCCUUCAAGACCAGCUGUUAAACUGCCAGAUGAUUUAAAAUUCAGAAGUGAACCGCUCUACGAUACUCACCUUCAUGAAUUUCUUCCAACCGAAAUUGCCGAAGAACGCUUAUAUAGAUGGCUUCAAAAAUCCGAUAUCCAUUGUCAUUCAUCAGAAAGAUUAGGGAGUUUACAAGAAGGUGGAUGGAAUAUUUGCACGGCCGGAAUUUAUAAACCAAGAGCACCUUGCCUUAUUUACUCUUUCGGUUAUAAAGCUGAUCUCUCUUUUGAGGACACCAUUGGACUAAAGUAUGGAUGCCGAGUAAGAAGUUUCGAUCCAACUUUAAGUAAUGAAGCAGAAAGAAACUCUUUCGUGUCCGUCUAUCCAUAUGGUCUUAAUGGCAAAGAUACAAAUAUUGAUGUUAAAGGACGGAAAGCUCAAUUUUUUACAUUUCAUUCAAUCUUGAAAAAGUUUGACGAAGUUGAUUCUGUAAUUGAUUAUCUUAAAUUUGAUAUUGAAUGGAUUGAAUGGGACGUUUUAGAAAAUUUCUUUAAAGGAGAUGGAUUGAAAAAUGUUAAGCAGUUGGGAUUUGAAAUUCACUUUGGUGACCCUUCAGCUGCAUUGGACUUUUUUAAUUCCAAAAUGUUUACUAUGAGGUGGCGUUUAUUGAAGAGAUUAGAAGAGAAGGGUUUCGCAAGAUGGCACGCGCAUGCGAAUCCUAAAGGAUUUUAUAUUGACAGAGAAUUAAGAACUUAUAUAUUUGAGGUCUACUAUUUGAAUCUAAGUAUGCUUACAGGUUAAAAAGCGAAAAAUAGAAAGAAAAAAAUAUAAAUUUGUUCUUUUUCUAUUCUUUCUCUCUCUCUCUCUCUCUCUCUCUCUCGCUCAAAAACAAAAUUGACAAUUUCUUUUAGUAUUUAACUUUUGUUUUCGCCUUAUCAAACAAUAACAUUUUCCGUAUUGGUGUCUUAUCUACUUACUAGCUGUUGUAUAAUAGAGAAUAAUUAAAAUAAUUAUAGCCUACAUUAAUUAUGAUAAUUAUAAGGUAGUGAGUUAGAAUAGAUAUUUUAACUUAAUUUUUUUUAGCCUAUUUAUUUUGUAAUACUAACAAAU